GGUCACAUGACGGUGAGCCUUGAUACUACCUCCUGGUUCAGGCAGACAGGCUACACGGAGCGAGGCUAGCUGUUAGCUUCAACUGUCUAGACGGCCGAGAUGAGUUUCCUAGGAGGUUUGUUUGGGCCGGUAUGUGAGAUAGAUGUGCUGCUGAACGAUGCAGAGAACAGAAAGACAGCAGAGUUAAAGACGGAAGACGGGAAAGUGGAGAAACACUACCUGUUCUACGAUGGAGAGUCUGUGUCUGGCAAGGUGAAUCUAAAUGUGAAGCAGGGAGGAAAGCGGCUGGAGCAUCAGGGCAUCCGCAUCGAGUUUGUUGGACAGAUAGAGCUCUUCUCUGAUAAGAGUAACACCCAUGAGUUUGUGGACUUGGUGAAAGAGUUGGCUCUGCCUGGAGAACUCACCCAGAACAGGAGCUACGACUUCGAGUUCAUGCAGGUGGAGAAGCCCUAUGAGUCCUACACUGGAGCGAAUGUCAGGCUAAGGUAUUUCCUCAGGGUGACAAUAGUUCGUCGUCUGUCUGAUUUAGUGAAGGAAUAUGAGCUGAUUGUGCACCAGUUAGCCACCUACCCAGACGUCAACAACUCAAUCAAGAUGGAGGUCGGCAUAGAAGACUGUCUGCACAUUGAGUUCGAAUAUAAUAAAUCCAAAUACCACCUUAAGGACGUGAUUGUUGGGAAGAUCUACUUCCUGCUGGUCAGGAUCAAGAUCCAACACAUGGAGCUACAGCUUAUCAAGAAGGAGAUAACAGGCAUAGGUCCCAGUACCACCACAGAGACCGAGACGGUUGCAAAAUAUGAAAUCAUGGAUGGAGCUCCAGUUAAAGGAGAAUCAAUCCCCAUCAGACUGUUCCUGGCAGGAUAUGACUUGACACCCACCAUGAGGGAUGUCAACAAGAAGUUCUCUGUACGCUACUUCCUUAAUCUGGUGCUGGUGGAUGAAGAGGACAGAAGAUACUUUAAACAGCAGGAAAUUGUUUUGUGGAGAAAAGCUCCAGAGAAGCUGAGGAAAAGAAACUUCCACCAGCGCUACGAGUCGCCUGAGCCAAGAACCCAGCCAGUGAGCGCAGAGCAGCCGGAGAUGUGAGGCGGCUGCUAUGAACUGAAAACACACACACAGACGCACCCCAACUCUUCACUGCUGAACAGCCAGAGGUGUGAGGGCCGCCCCACGAUCUCCCUGGACUGAGAAAUGUCUGUAUACAUGAAAACACAUAACAUCCCUUCAGACAUCCCCUCCCCUGCUCCCCCCCACCCGCUCACCACUUCACUGCUUCAGAUGUGAGCUGUGUGACCACCAUCACUCUCUCCCCCAGGACUCAAAACACACUCACAUACAGACGCACAAGCAUACAAUCCAAGUAGGCUGAAUGCUAAAGGUUAAGGCAAGAGUGCAAAUCAAACCGACCCAUGUAAGGCACAGUGAGACUGAAAACACACACACACACACUCACAAGUGAAGCCAUACUGUCUCAGUUUGCCGGAUGCAUUAUAAAACAGGAGCAAAGACGGAAAAAGAGGAGUUGGCUGCAGUCGACCACCACACCAUUUAUCCCUUACUGCUGCAACAGGAGCUUCUUUUGUUUGCAUAUUUGGAAAGUGAUUAUCCGGGACUCUCUCUGGCAUCCUCCCUCCCACACCCUCUCCAAAACGACACUCUCUAGAGUCCAGCCAGCGAAUGAAAGACAUGCGGGGAUCAGCCUGAACCAAGGACACGAGAGGCUAAGCUCUGAGUCAACAGGCGUGCUUUGUGUUUAUUCAGAUUGCCUGAUUUGAGCUAUCAUGAUGCCACUGUGCUCUCGUUCAUCCAUCGAGCAAGUAUGACCUGCAGACUGCUCUUUCCAUGAAAUGUCUGCUUGAUCGGGAACAGUUUAGUGCAACACACGUCCGUCUUUACAUACAUUUAAUCCCAUAGGUCAUUGUCUAAUGUGGCGGUUUCCAGUUCCAGCCCACAUCUCGUGUCAUACAGGAACGUUUUUUAAUUCAAGAUGGACAUCUCAAUACCAUUUAUUUCCGAAACUUAUUUAUAAUUGCCGUUAAUAAGUAUUUUCAUUAUGGAUUAAUCUCCAGAUUCUCAGUUAAUUGAGUAAUCAUUUAGUCUAUAAAGUGUCAGAAACAAAUCAUAAUUUUCCAUCUACAUAUGUCUUAUUGUGUCUGACCUGCAGUCCAAAGCGAUUGAUCAUCAAAAUAGUUGCGAAUCAAUGCUUGUUAAGAUUCUGGAGCUCUCUUGAUGAGGUGAAUAUUGAUGCAGUUUUCACUGAUGAGGCCCUGAUUUGUCAAAAGAUUCCCCCCACGUUCUUUUUGUUGUCUGUCUUCCAACGUUAUCUAAGAGUCGGUUUACCCACAUUUCCAAAAAAGAAAAAAAAGAUUCCAGGACAGAUUUGUGGAUCAUGAAUGAUUAACAGGGAGUUAAAUUUCAGCCUUCGAGCACCACAAGUGGGAUUUCAUCGACGUUCAUUUUGUUGGGGUGGAGUAAGAUCAGAGAGAGAUAUCUCAAACCUAGGACACAUUGAACCUGAAGCUGUUUCUGUUUAUAUUUGAAAUAAUUCAUCAGAAAAAUGAAUGAUGCUAGCCAUCAUCAUCAGACUGUAGACUGAGCGGUCCUGUCAGUUUUACUUUCCUUUCUUCGGGUUUUUUGAGCCUGUCUCUCUGGCAUCAGUACAAUACUACUGUUAAGGAAUGGCUCAUGUCUGCUAUUGUAAGCACUGGAAGGGAUGCAGUAUCCAUACACUGUAAAUGCAACAAUGUUCCACUGUGAUGCUCAGACCGGCAGUUUAGGUCCUGCUUUAAAGACAAACACACACAGUUUGGUGUCACCGCUGUGUGUGGAUUGAAUUUGCCCUUAAGCUCUGAUCUGUGGCCAGUUUUGCACUUUCCCCUCCGAUGCUUAACUUUGUGUGAAAGGGGCAUGGAAACUGAAGCUAAGCGUCACUCAAGGACAACGUCACCUCAGAGAUCUCCCGUGUCUCUGAUGGAAAAGAUUCUGUCAUUUAUAUUUCACUGCUUGUUUUAAUUUGGACUUAACUAAGUACAAUAUUUUGUUGCUUUAUGCCUCUUUCAUAUGCAAGUCAUGCUGUUACAUGUUUCAUUUCAUAAACUUCUGAACAGUCACAUCUACAGUUCAGAUGUGCAGUAUUUGUUUGCUAGUCUGGUUUUCUUUUGCUUGGGAACUGUAAUUUAUUUGCAAGUAACGCUUUCUUUCUCUCUGCUUUUUGGACAUAUUUUUCUGUCUUUCUGAACACUACAGGCAGGGUUUGUUUGGUGUACUUUAAAUACCUUUAAAGGUAAUGACACUUAAAUGCCAACUCUCUGCCUGUCUUAUCUACUGCAUGUUGAUCUUUACACAGUGUCUAAUCAUGCCAUUGACGUGUGUGUAUGAUAAUAUGUGUAUAUACACCAAACCCAAAUAUAUAGCUAAAAUGAAUCGUGAAUAAAGAAAAUUUAU